CAAGGAUUUGAUUUGAUUUUCAAAACUUAAUUGUUUAAUCUUUGGAAGAUUAUGGAAGUUAAUAAACAAGUCAAAUCACGAUCAACCAUUAAAUAUCCACUUGUAAUAAAUCCUGAAAAAGAUGCAGAAAGAAUCAAUAAAUCUAUCAAACUUAUGAAUCCUGAUGAAGAUGUUAUUAAUGAAAUACUUGGUCACAGAAGUCUUCAGCAACGUUUAGCUAUACAAGAAAUAUACAAACGUUUAUAUGAUAAGGAAAUCACUGAACAUAUUGGCUCUGUAUUAAUUGGCAGUUAUGAUAGUUUAAUCAAAACUUUAUUUAGAAAUCCAAUGGAAAUAUUAGCUAAUGAUUUAUACAAAGGAAUCAAAAAUCUUGGAUCAAAUUAUCAAAUUAUGACUGAUAUUAUUUGUUGUUGUAAUAAUACUGAAAUUUAUUUAUUAAAAAAAGCUUAUGAGAAAGUUUUAAUGAAGGAAGAUCCAAAAGGUUAUAGACAGAGAUCAUUACACAUUGAUAUUAUGAAAGAAUCUAAAGGUUCAUAUAAAUUACUUAUGGAACAAUUAUUAAAAGGUGAAAGAUGUGAAGAUAAUACAAAUAAAAUUGCUGAGUCAACAUCUAUAGUUCAUGGAGGUGUUGAUCAAAAAUUAGUUGAUGAUGAUGUAACAGAAUUGUAUGAAGCAGGAGAAGGACAAAUUGGCAAAGGUGAUCCUUCUAUUUAUAUAUCGAUUCUAUCAAAACGUAGUAAAUAUCAUAUCAGAGAAAUAUGUAAAGCAUAUCAAAAAAAAUAUGGUUGUCUUCUAGUUGAAUCAAUAUCAAGAAAAUUCUCAAACCCUCUUCGUAAUGCAUUAAAUACUAUCAUAAUGGCACUAGUCGAUCUGCGUCUAUUAUUGACCUGUCAACUUUACUGUAGUAUGGAAGGUUUAGGAUCAAAUGAUGAUACAAUUAUUAGAAUAAUUUGUCUUCGAUGUGAGAUUGAUUUACAAGAUAUAAAAAACAUAUAUGAGAAAUAUUUUUAUAAACCAUUAGCUAAAGCAUUACAAUCAGAAACACAUGGUGGUUUUAGAAAAUUAUUAUUAAUUCUAUUAGGUUGUGAAUCACCAUAGCAACUAAAAUGAAUAGUAACUAGUUUAUUAGUUUUUUUUUCUAUUUUUUCUAAAAAAAAGUGGAUUGUACACAAUCAAUUGAUUAGUUAAAUAUAAUGAUGUAAUAGUAUAAUACAUAUUGGUGUUUUUAUACUUGGUUGUUGUUUAUCCCUAAUCUAUUCUGGUGAAUGGGGAAUGUAACUGGGGAAUAAUAAAAUGACGAUGAAAUUUUGUCCUCUGAGCUGAUGUCGUUCCGAAGAACACUAAAAGCUCUACGAUCAAACCAUUCAGCUCAGAGAACAAAAUUCCAUCAAAAUCAUUCACCUGAGCUACAAAUCUUAUUCAUCAUCUCAUAACAAAAUUACAGAUUAUCUUAGUAAAAUCUGAGAAUUAUACAGUAAAUAUAAACAAACAUGGAUAGUGGUUAACAAUGGAAUCCAGUUUGAUCCAUCUUUCGUCCUACUUGGAGGUCAUCAGCUGGAUGUACCUGCAUCUCACUCUGGGUUCGAACCCAGCAACGUUUACUUCAAACGCCAUCGCGUUAUCCACAUGCUAGCUACUGAGUCCUGAUAGGUACAUGCUCAUGCAGUGGGGUGAAGUUUAAAUUCGAUUGCUACUGUUUUACUGGAAUCUUCUCAUUAAUGUUUAGGACUGCGAUUCAUCUGUGUCUCAUUGACAUAUGUGUAUACUGUGCGUCUUGCCUCGAUAUUGCCUUAGGUCACAAGCAAUUUAAGCAAAGAUGGAUAGUGGCUUGUUGGGAUAUUUAGGAAAAUAUACCCGAAAAUUAUUCUGUUAAGUCUAACGCUAUCCUUGGACUUGAGAUGGUGUCGUUUCCUCAUUGGUCAAUGUUUAUUUCAAGUGUCAUUUUCCUACUGGCCAAUAUUGUACAAUGUUAUUUUCUAUUUUAUGGUACGAUGUGGUCUGCUUGAUUAGUAUAUAAACACAGUAUGUUUGAAAUAUAGUGAUUCAUAUCUCAGAGGCUAAGACUUGCGUUCUGGGCUCAACUGGCUGGGCUAGACAGGGAAGCGGGACCAAUCAGAACUCCAGGCCGUUCAUUACGUGUUUACGUGUCACUGAAUCGAUUGAUAAAUACGCUGCUCCAUCUAAACUGCAAUCCACAAGUUACAACAGGCUAGUAGUGGAAUCCAGUUUGGCUCGCGUUUGGUCCUAUUUGGGACUCGUCAGCUGAAUGUACCUGUACCUAAGAGUUGAUGUUCACUCUGUGACUCGAACGCAGUACCCUUCGCUUUAAAUAUUCAAGUAAAACAAUAUCAAGUGGAUUAAUUUAGUAAAUAAUUCAUUUGUAAAAUGUCCAUCAAUAGUCUCAGACUUUAUUGUGUCUUCGUUUCCACACCAAUCACUCUCUGUUCUCUUCGAUCGUCUCAACUUUCAACUGUCAGGCAUUCUACUUUCGAUUGGCGAAACAUACUACUUAUAUCUGACGAAAUCAUUAGCGCACAAUAAACUAUCGUUUUAACAGUAACUGUUGUCAAAUUAAUGAAAAAUGAAUCGUUUAAUAUUGAUUGAUAUUAUCAAUCAAUUGAUUUGAACUACUAGUAUUAGAUCGUUACUUUAUGGUCAAAAGACGGAUAGAAAGAAUUCAGUUUUCAGCAUAAUUGUAUAUUAAAUUAUCUGUUUUACUAUGAAAAAGAAUAUCAUUAGAUUUCUGACUAGUGUUUUUUAGCCAGUUACGUUUCUACAGGAUAAGGUUGCUAAUUCCAUGCCCAACCCUCCUCAUUUAUCCAGACUUGAGACUAACAGUAGCCUCAAAGGGGAUCCAGGCAGAGUUGGUUCAUUAGAUAAUCAUUUCAUGAGAAUAAAACGAAUGACGAAUGAGGUAAAUAAAGGUGAUUACUUCAGUUUGGCAUUCAAAGACAUUAACAAGCAUAUAAAGCAUAUAUGCAGUUAAGGAAGUUAAGAAUCAAC